UCGCUCUCAAUCAGACAACGGGAGUCACCGGCGCUGAACACACCAGUCUCUCACUCCCGACGCUAAAAACACGUUUAAUACCGAUCGGAGAAACGCUGCCAUGGGGGAUCGAGUAGCUUUACUGCUGCUGGCUGUAGCGGCUUCAUCUCUGGCUGCCGAGGUGCCUACAGAUGUUUCCAUGGGUCUCUUGGCGGAGCCCCAGGUGGCCAUGUUUUGCGGCAAACUCAACAUGCACAUCAACGUGCAGAGCGGCAAGUGGGAGCCGGACCCCUCGGGCACCAAGAGCUGCAUCGGCACCAAAGAGGGCAUCCUGCAGUACUGCCAGGAGGUGUACCCGGAGCUUCAGAUUACCAACGUGGUGGAGGCCAACCAACCAAUCAGCAUCCAGAACUGGUGCAAGAAGGGGCGCAAGCAGUGUCGCAGUCACAUGCACAUUGUGGUGCCCUACCGCUGCCUGGUGGGAGAGUUUGUGAGCGACGCCCUGCUCGUUCCUGACAAGUGCAAGUUCCUGCACCAGGAGCGCAUGGACCAGUGUGAGAGCCACCUGCACUGGCACACCGUAGCCAAGGAGUCCUGUGGAGACCGCACCAUGAACCUCCACGACUACGGGAUGCUGUUGCCGUGCGGCAUCGACCGCUUCCGAGGAGUGGAGUUUGUGUGCUGUCCCGCCGAGGCGGAGCGUGACGCCGACAGCACCGAGCAGGACGCUGAUGAUUCCGAUGUCUGGUGGGGUGGAGCGGAGACUGAUUACUCUGACAACAGUAUGGUGCGGGAGCCAGAGCCAGCGGAGCAGCAAGAGGAAACCAGACCAUCUGUGGUACAGGAGGAUGAGGAAGAAGAGGAGGAAGAGGUAGCCGAGGAAAAUGACGAGGAAGAGGAGGAGGAAGAGGACGCGCUUGACAACGACCAGGACGGAGACGGAGAGGAGGACAAGGAGGCGGCGGAGGAAGAAGAGGAGGACGAGGAGGAUGGAGACGACGACAUCGUCGACACGCUCGACGACGGCGAUGACGCCGACGAGCCCACCACAAACGUUGCCAUGACGACCACCACCACUACCACCACCACCGAGUCUGUGGAGGAGGUUGUCAGGGAUGUGUGCUGGGCCAAUGCAGAGACUGGUCCAUGCCGGGCCAUGCUGCCCCGCUGGUACUUUGACCGCCAGGAGGGCCACUGUGCUCAGUUUAUCUACGGCGGCUGCGGAGGCAACAGGAAUAACUUUGACUCAGAGGAGUACUGCCUGUCUGUCUGCAGCAGCGUCAUACCCACAGCCACGCCCAGCUCCCCCGACGCCGUGGACCACUACCUGGAGACGCCUGCUGAUGAAAACGAGCACGCCCACUUCCAGAAGGCCAAAGAGAGCCUGGAGGCCAAGCACCGCGAGAGGAUGUCCCAGGUGAUGAGAGAGUGGGAGGAGGCCGAGAGGGAAUCGAAGAACCUUCCACGUGCCGACAAGAAGGCUGUCAUCCAGCGUUUCCAGGAGAAGGUGGAGGCGUUGGAGCAGGAGGCGGCAAGCGAGCGGCAGCAGCUGGUGGAGACCCACAUGGCCCGGGUGGAGGCUCUGCUUAACGACCGUCGCCGCCUGGCGCUGGAGAGCUACCUGACCGCGCUGCAGCAGGACCCACCCAGGCCUCGCCACGUCUUCAGCCUGCUGAAGAAGUACGUGCGCGCCGAGCAGAAGGACAGGCAGCACACCCUCAAACACUUCGAACACGUCCGCAUGGUGGAUCCCAAGAAGGCUGCCCAGAUCAGACCUCAGGUUUUGACCCACCUGCGUGUUAUUGAGGAGCGUAUGAACCAGUCUCUGGGACUUCUCUACAAGGUGCCCGGUGUGGCCGACGACAUUCAGGACCAAGUUGAGCUUCUGCAGAGGGAGCAGGCGGAGAUGGCCCAGCAGCUGGCCAACCUGCAGACCGACGUGAGGGUGAGCUACGGCAACGACGCCCUGAUGCCCGAUCAGGACAUGGGAGACAGCCAGACCGACCUGCUGCCCCAGGAGGACACACUCGGCCUGGGGAGUAUCGGCUUCAUCCACCCUGAGAGCUUCAACCAGCCCAACACCGAGAACCAGGUUGAGCCAGUGGACUCUCGCCCCAAUCUUGACAGAGGCAUUCCCACACGGCCAGUGACUGGAAUGAAGAUGGAAGCUAUUCCUGAGCUGCGGAUGGAGACAGAGGACAGACAGAGCACCGAAUAUGAAGUCCACCACCAGAAACUGGUCUUCUUCGCAGAGGACGUGGGCUCCAACAAGGGCGCCAUCAUCGGCCUGAUGGUCGGAGGCGUCGUCAUAGCGACCGUGAUCGUCAUAACCUUGGUGAUGCUGAGGAAGAAGCAGUACACCUCCAUCCACCACGGAGUCAUCGAGGUGGACGCCGCCGUCACCCCCGAGGAGCGCCACCUGUCCAAGAUGCAGCAGAACGGCUACGAGAACCCGACCUACAAGUUCUUUGAGCAGAUGCAGAACUGAGAGAGAGUGUACACAGACACACAUAAAACACACAAACAUCUCCUCCCACACAUCAAGCACCUCCCCUCCCUCCCUUCUCCUCCCCCCCCAACCCCACCCCCUCGACUAGUCCCACGUCUCCAAAAGGCAGCGUGGCUUAGAUCAUCAUCGAGUGACUGAAAUAGUCAGUUACGAGCAUACAUACGGAGCGACUGUAGCCAGGGGUUUGCUUUCAUUUCUGCCUGGGCGGACGCCGCGGCCGAGCCAGUUUGCACCACGUUUGUUCACUUUAUCGGAGCGAGACGCCUUUUAAUUAAAGAGAGGCGUUUUUAUAAGUCGCUCCGUCUGGGCCUGCUGAUGUAUGGAGGAAAAAAAGGCCCCGCCCAGUGCAUCGAAACAAACCCACUCCUUUGGGGAAAGAAGCGCUUUCUCUCCACACUGAUUCAGGGCCAGUGAAUAGUUAUUUUUUGGCGGUUUUAGGUGUGGACUUGUGUAGGCAAAUCUGACCACUGAUCAGUGGGAUUUUAGGCGCGCUGACCCUGGGCCUUGUUUACAAAAAUUGGCUGCAGAAUCAUCAUUUCAAAUCAUUUGUUUCGAUCAUAUUCUUUGUAAUGAUUAUUUAAUGAAGUAAAGGCUUAAAUCAAGCGGCAUGAUUUUUCUAAAUGAAGCCCACCAACUGCACCACUACUGCACUCACUACAGUCCACACUGGAGUAUCCCUUCCUCCUCCUCCUCCUCUUCCUCCAUCCCUCCCUUCAUCCUCUUUUCUUUGCGCAUUCUUACGACAGCUGGGCUGUGUUAAGUCACACAAGGCUCUUAAGGAUAUCUGGAGAUGCUGAUAAUAAUGAAUAUGUUGAUGACGACGGUAGUAAUUAUGUAUUCUGAAUGAGCUGUUUUUUUAUUUUAGAUUCUUUCUUUUUUUUUCUCUUUUUCGUUUCCAGUUUUGUUUUUCAAAAAAAAAGAGUGAAAACGAAGAAAAAAACCAAGAUGUAAAGUCCUUUUUUUAAAUUGCGUGUAAUGUUACUGAAGUAAUGCUGAAGUCUUAGCUGUUCCUAUGUAGUGCAUGACAACAAUGACAACAGGAUUUGGAAAAAAGAAAAAAAAACGCUGCUCUCUCUCUCUCUCUCUCUCUCUCUCGAUCCUUUCUCACGUAUAGAUUGUCAUUCUAGCAAGAUUGUACAUUUAGUAUCUUCUCGUGAUCACGUGACUUCAAACGAUGAAAAAUAUAUAUAAAUCUAGAAGAACGGGCUCUGCUUUGAUAUCAUGUAAAAUACACAUUUAAAAGAGAUCUGUGAUUUUGGAAUUUAAGUGUGUUCCUCUUUUUCUUUUUCUUUCUUUUUUUAUUCCUGAAGCAGGAGGGGGGCUGGCUUCAUCUCUGUUUGUAUAUUAUUCACUGAAAUAUAUUGUGUUGAAAAUCCUAAUGCACAGGGGCUCUCAGAAAUCACCCCCCUUAUAAUGUUUUGUUGAAUUCAUGUUUUUUUUUUUUUUUUAAAAGGGCAUGUUGUGGGUGUGAAGGUUACAGGGAGCGGGAAAAAUGGGAAGAAUCCGGCAUGGGGGAUGGGUUAGGAUUAUCUCUGCGUGUAUGUGUUUUGUCAUUUUCAGUCUCGUCCAGUCAGUUGUAAGCCGACGCCGUCUAUUUUUUGUUUUUUGUAAUCAUUUUGAUGAUAGAACAAGUGCUGAGAGGAGGAGGAGAAGGAAGGAGGGCGAGGUAGAGAGGAAAUGACUUGCAGUUCCGGAUGGAUAGCCAGCCAGGCAGGCAGCCUGUAUAUAUAAUGGAUUUUCACUCCCCCAGCAGCACCUCCCUUACCCUCCCUCCUUCGCCUCCCUUUUCCCUUCCAGGCAUGCUGCUCACCUCUCUGCCAUCAACGCACACUUGACUCCUCAGUGGCACCGUCGUCUGUAUACAGAUGAUAGGGCAUUCAGAGCCGAGUCACGUGGAAGCAGGGAUAAAAAUAAGAAUCCCCCGUUCAUCUUCACACAGUCCGCUCAUGUUAAAGGUUCGUCACCAUCUCGACUCGAAAAGAAAUACUCUGUUAAUAUGGCGAGGAAGAUGUGUGAGGUGUUCAUAUGGAGGCUGCGGUGGGGUGGGUCCUUGGUUUUCAGAGUGAGCUCAUUAGAAGCCCAACAGAGGGCAGUAGAGUAGAAGAGGAAGCAGGAUUUUCUUUCUAUCUUUUUCUUCUGUGGGUUAUAUAUUGGUUUUGUUUUCCACUGUGUAAUAUUGUGCAGGCCAUUUGCAUUUGACUGGGAAACCGCUUUCUACACUGUAUUCCAUAAUAAAGUUUUGAAUGUACAUACA